AUGUACGCCGCCCGGCGUCCCAUAUCUCUCUACAUCCCCGGCUACGCCGACGCGAAGGUCCCAAUCACUGCCAAGGAGCUGAGCACCGACGGCUCCGGCCACACCGUCUGGGCGCUCGCAGUCGGCCACCUCAAGCGGCGCGUUCACCGCAACGGGCACCGCGACCGCAGGGUUCACCGCCGGUGCGCAUCGUCUCCCCCGGCUCCGCAUCAGGGCGUGCCCGGCACUCACACUAGGACGCUCGCCCUCGGCCCGAAGGACGCGCACCUCAAGGCGAACGUCAACGGGGCGCUCGUCGAGGACGACUGCACGAUCGUCGACGGCGUCGCGACCUGCACCCAGGCGGUCCUCCUCAGCCAGGGCGCGUCCGGGUCGGCCACGAGCACCGUCUCCACUGCGGUGAACACCGAGGCGGCCAAGGCGGUCCAGGUCCAGACAAAUGGCGCGACGGGUUUGGACGUUCGGGCGUUGGUGGGCGUUGGGACGGUGUUCCAUGUUCUUCUGUAG